UAAGUCCCAGUCCCACCACCAUAAGGGUCCAUAACCCUUGUUGCGAAGGACACGAUCCGCUAGUCUCGCUUCUUAAUUCCCCUAUUUUCUCUCUCUUAAAAAUAAAACAAAUUCCAUGGAUAUGGAAGACCAAUAUGGUAUAUCAGAUCUACGCCACUUCAUUAGCCGAGCUACAGUAGGGUCGGUAACUCAAUUCCCUCCUUUUCCAGCACAACAGCCGUCACUCCCGUCUUCAUCGGAUUUUUUCUCAGCCCAUCACCAUCCUAUUAUUAAUACUGCUGCUGUUGCUACUCCUCAACAGCAGCAGUAUGAGAUGGUUGUGAUGGGUCGAAACAUGUCGGACAUGCUGCACCACCAUAAUAAUAAUACUACUACUACUACGAAUAAUGGUGGCUUUCAUCAUUAUCACAAAGAGCAUAAUCAACAUCAUUCCCACUUUAAUUCGGACUCCACUACUACCACUGCUACUGCUAAUAUUUCCGGUGGAUUCGAUGGCGGCGAUGCUGGGGCUGCUAGGUGGCCAAGACAAGAGACGCUUACACUUCUUGAGAUCAGAUCUAGGCUUGACCAUAAGUUCAAAGAAGCUAAUCAGAAAGGACCUCUUUGGGAUGAAGUUGCUAGGAUAAUGUCUGAAGAGCAUGGAUACCAAAGAAGUGGGAAAAAGUGCAGGGAGAAAUUCGAGAAUUUGUACAAGUACUACAAGAAGACUAAGGAAGGGAAAGCAGGAAGACAAGAUGGAAAAAACUACAGAUUUUUCAGGCAACUUGAGGCACUCUAUGGUGAUAACAAUUCUCACCAUAAUAAUCAUCCUAUGACUUCCACCUCGGAAGGCCACCAUAUUGCUGCAAAUGUCCCUCACUAUAACACCAACCCGGCGAACAUCAUCCCAUCCAAUCCAAUACUCGGUCACCCAACGAGUACUGUUAGCCUCUCGAACUCAUCGGACUAUGAAACCUCGUCAUCAGACAACGAUGUUGAGGGCUCGAUAGAGAGUGGAGACUCGAAGAAAAAGAAAAGAGGGAAGCGGAGUUGGAAGGCAAAGGUGAAGGAGUUCAUUGAUUAUCAAAUGAAGAAGAUAAUGGAGAAGCAAGAAGCUUGGCUGGAGAAGAUGAUGAAGACAUUGGAUAAUAGAGAGAGGGAAAGGAUGGAAAGAGAGGAAGAGUGGAGGAAGCAAGAAGCUCAAAGGAUGGAAAGAGAGCAUAAGUUUUGGGCUAGUGAACGAGCUUGGAUUGAGGCUCGUGAUUUAGCUCUGAUGACUGCUUUAGAGAAGUUAACUAACACUAGGGGGGAGAAUGAUAUUGCUGAUCAUAGUCAUUGUCGACUAGGGAUCCAUGCUAUUGAUCAAUGGCUCGAGACCGAGGUCACACGACUAAUCCAACUCCGAACGAGCAUGGAGUCUAGAUUCCAACAAUGUGGCUUCUCAGAGGAAGUUGUAUGGGAAGAUAUUGCUGCAAAGAUGGCUUAUUUGGGGUAUGAUAGGAGUGCAAUUGUGUGUAAACAGAAAUGGGAUAGUCUUAACAAGUACUUCCAAGGGAAGGAUGAUGGUAGCAAGAAAAGGAAGGAGAAUUAUGGAGAGGUUAGUAACAAUAAUACUAAUACUAAUAAUACUAGUAAUCAUAAUCAUCAAGGUGGAUUACAAAUGAAUCAUAUGGGAGGGUUAAUUAGUAAUAAUUGUGAGAUUAAUGAACCAAGGCUUCAACUAAACGAGGAAUUGUCGCCUUCUUCUUACAACUCCAAUGUUAAUGUUGGUAGUAGUACUACUGUUGGUGUAAGGGGAAGAUUGAUGAAUGAUAGCUGCUUAAGGUUUUUUCUUGGCGACGGCGAGGGCUGCCUUGGUAGGGAGAGUACUAAUUGUGGGAUGAAGCUGGAAAUCACUCUUCUUAAUUAUUUUACUUCUUUUUCUUAAUUUGAGUGAUUAGCUAGGUAGAGUUUUGUGAUGAUGACUAGUUUUCUUUUUUUCUUUUUCUUUUUUUUUUCAUUAAUUUAUGAAGUUGCUAAUUUGAUUUGUAGGUGGAAGGUUGAGAGUGCUAUAGCUAGCUAGAGAAGCUAUUGGAAGGACAACAUUGAUCAUCAAUCGGUCUGGGUAUGCAAGUAAUUAGUCUAACUUUUUAAUAAUAAUAGCUUUUAAUUAAUCUCUUAAUGUAAAUUACUUGAUUGUUGUUUGAUUAUAAUGUCCUUAUUAAUGAUUAUUGAGAAGUCAUCAUUUUUAGUAGGAAAUUAUUGGGUUUUUUUUAGACUUUCUGGUUGAUAUUAUGCAUGUAUCUUAUCUCCAUCAUUAAUCCAGUAACAUAGUUAUGAUUCA